AUGGAAAAGGCUGGGUUUGAGGAUUUCCAGGAGAAGUCAUACCAGUGGCCGAUUGGCCCGUGGGCGCGCGAUCAUAAAUAUAAAGAGGCGGGCGUUGUUAAUUUCCAGCAUUGGAUUUCGGGUAUGGAGGGAUGGUGUAUGUGGUUGCUUACCCAUUUCGGUGCGCCGAAGCCUUGGUCGAAGGAUGAGGUUACUGUUUAUUUGGCCAAGGUUCGUUCCGAACUUAAGAAUCCAAGAUACCAUAUUUAUCACAGAGCACGACGUGUGUGGGCGCGUAAGCCUUUCCCCAGAGAGCCUGAGACGACUCCGAUCAAGGGCGACGAGGAGUGA